CCCCGACCGGCCAUUGCGAAGGCGCCCGCGUGACAGCGCCGAGCGCGGCGGGGCCGGAGAGUGGGCGUUGGCUGGCCGGCUGGCUGGCGCGAGAUGGCGGCGGCGGCCUUGUACCUGGAGCACUACCUGGACAGCAUUGAAAACCUACCUUGUGAGUUGCAAAGGAACUUCCAACUUAUGCGUGAGCUGGAUCAGAGAACAGAAGACAAGAAAGCAGAAAUCGACAGUCUUGCUGCUCAGUACAUUUCAACAGUGAGGAGUUUGUCAUCAGAGCAACGGGUGGAAAUCCUGCAGAAGAUUCAGAAUGCUUACGCAAGAUGCAAAGAGUACAGUGAUGACAAAGUGCAGCUGGCCAUGCAGACCUAUGAGAUGGUAGAUAAGCACAUUCGACGGCUGGAUGCUGACCUGGCACGAUUUGAAGCUGAUCUGAAGGAUAAGUUGGAAGGCAGUGACUUUGAAAACCCUGCAACGCAAAACCUAAAAAAGGGGCGAACUCCAAAGGAUAAGAAAAGCUCUCGGGGUCGGGGCCGGCGAACAUCCGAAGAAGAUGUCCCAGUAAAAAAGAAACCAAAACGAAGGUCUGAAUUAGCUGAUACCAUCCUGUCGGUUCAUCCUUCAGAUGUCCUAGAUAUGCCGGUGGAUCCCAACGAACCAACGUAUUGUUUGUGUCACCAAGUAUCCUAUGGAGAAAUGAUCGGCUGCGACAAUCCUGAUUGCCCAAUCGAAUGGUUCCAUUUUGCUUGUGUGGACCUCACCACGAAACCCAAAGGGAAAUGGUUUUGUCCUCGCUGUGCUCAGGAGAAGAAAAAGAAGUAGAAUGGGAAUGUACAGUCUGAAAGAAGAAAAAGUUUAAUAUAUUCGUACAUGUUGCAAUAUUUUAUUCUAUCUUUUUUGUCACUUACCUAUCUUGUUUGAUUUGAUAUUUAGCAGUGGCCAGUCAUUUUUCUUAACGUUGGGGGGGGGAGCUAUCCUAAUGAGAAAAGGAGGAUGUGGAGGAGGUUUACUGUGGUGAUGGUCACCUGGGUUUCACACUUCUGUGGCACUGCAAUCAAUGUUAUGAAGUACUAAGAGUAGCCCUGCACUGGAAUUUCUGCUCACGUACUAAAAGUCUGUGAAAUUGCCUAUAUGGCCUUCCAGGUGAACGAUGAUUUUUUGUUUUGUUUUGUUUUGUUUUGUUAUCAACAGGGUAGUCACUCUGCUCCGCACAAUAUUUAUGAAGGAUUUAAAAUCUUUAACUGCAUCUUUACAGAACCUUAUAACUACUGUCAAGGAAGGAAUGUGCUGUUCUGUUCCUCAGUUGCAGCAAGCAAAGAAUUGUUUCUUACAAAGGCAGAUGAAAAGUAAUGGGUAUUAUUUUGGUAAGGUGUGAUCCACAAGUAAAUUUCAAGAGUAGUACACCUGUUCCAGUUGCUUUUGAAUUGUACACUACUGCCUCUGCGCUUCAUACGAGUCCCUCUGAAGUCAUCUAUCUUAUCCUGAUGGUAAGCAAUGAAUGCUUAAAUUGAGGCACAAAAUGUCUAGGAGACAUCAGUAUAGUUUGAUUCACUCAUGAAACGAAAAUAAGGCUUAUUUUUCAUUGGCUAAGCUAUUAGAUGUUAGACAUUAACAAUCAGGAAAACCAGAUGUAAAAAGAAAAACUUUUUUUUUUUAAGGAAAGAUUCCUAGGACUGCAAAGCACUAAAAGCAAUUUGGUGUAAUUUUAUACUGAACUUUUAUCUGGUUUGAGAUGUCUGUUCUCUGUCAGCACCGAGAUGCCGUCCAGUAUAAAAUGUGAAUGUGGGUGCCCCUUAAAGCAGCUUUGAGUUGGGAGACGGACAAUAUUUCCCCCCAGGAAGCUGGUAGAGCCAUCGUUGCCUGUGAUGCACACAAUAUCAUCACUAUCCUCUCUGAUAAUGCAGGCGGUUUGGAUCCAGAGUGUUCCUUUCAUGAGCCCACCCAGGGGUGGCUGUGGGUAGGAUUUCUGCAUUGCAGGUGGUUGUAGUAGUAAGCCCUUGAGGUCCCUUCCAGCUCUGCAAUUCUAUGAAUGAAAGGGCUUCUUCCCAUUGCAGAAGGGAUUGAGAUCCAGUGGAGGCUCACACCGGAGGAAGGCAGAUUUCGUUUAUUCCCUCUACAUCUCCCCAUGCCACCUCCCACACUGUUAAGGAGGGUCACCCAACUUCUUGGCAUGGUUUUGCAGAGGGGAAGGAAGAACCAUGAAAAUCACCUCUCCCUCCUUUGUGAGUAUCCCCUGGGCAGAACUCCAUUCACGGGAACUGGAUCCACGCCAGGGUUUGCAGGCUUUAUAUGUAACAUCAAAAACAUGCAAAUGUUGUUUGACCAAAGACAAUGAAUAGGGAGAUAAAAAUUAUACAUCAUGGAUCAUGUUGACUCUGUCAUACCAAUAUUUGUUAAAGAUGAUCAUCUGUCUCCAGCUUUGCAUUUCUCAGCUAAAGGCUGGAAAAAGCAGCUCAAGAAGGAUGGAUAAAUAAUAUUAUGUACAAUGGCUAGUUUGUCUCAACUGUGCUUGCAUUGUGAGAUAAUGUUGAUUAUUUGCAUAUGGUGAUUAAAAAACAGCCAGCAUAUAGCACGCACAGCUGUUAUCUGUUCCA